AUGGAGACAGACGUGGAGGAUGAUGGCUUCGGCUGUGCGUCCAAGCGUCGCCGGACAAUUGGCCGAUGCGGGAGCGACGCCACUUUACUCGAUGGACAGGCGCCGAAAACGCAGCUCGAGACGCGACUGGCGACGGCGUUGCUGUGCGAACAACACAAAACUCUCGAGUUGAUUCUUCCUCUUCUCUUUUGCAAGCUCCUUCCUUUGCUGAUCGUCCCAUCUCCACUUGCACACUAUCCAACUUGA